AUCGCGCCGGUUCUGGGCUCAGCUGAGCCGUGCUCGCUUCGCCAUGAUUUUCGAUCGCCUCAAACGCUUCUCCAUCGUGCUGGAGGGCGCGGAGCGGGACGGCCCAGCCGCCUUCAACCCCGGGCAGGCGGUGUCGGGCCGCGUGGUGCUGGAAUUGGCGGCGGCCGCCCGGCUCGGCGCCCUGAGGCUGCGGGCGAUGGGCGCUGCCCGCGUUCACUGGACCGAGUCCCGCAGCGCCGGCUCCAGCACCGCCUACACGCAGAGCUACAGCGACCAGGUGGAGUUUCUGAGCCACCGCGACACGCUGCUGGCACCCCCAGACAAUGGUGAAUCCACUGUCCUGCAGGCAGGAAGGCAUGAGUUCCCCUUCACCUUCCAGCUCCCCGAGACCCUGGUCACCUCCUUUGAGGGGAAGCACGGCAGUGUGCGCUACUGGGUGAAAGCCAAGCUGCACAGACCCUGGGCCACAGUGAAGAAAGCAAAGAGGGAGUUUACUGUGAUUGAACCCAUCGACAUCAACACACCUGCACUGCUGGCUCCCCAGGCAGGUGCUAAGGAGAAACUUGCUCGUGCCUGGUACUGCAAUCGUGGCCAAGUGUCUGUGACUGCCAAGAUUGACCGAAAAGGCUACACCCCAGGUGAGGUCAUCCCUAUCUUUGCUGAGAUCGACAACUGCACAAGCCGGGCUGUGGUGCCCAAGGCGGCCAUAAUCCAGACCCAGACCUUCAUCGCUCGGGGCACCAAGAAGCAGAAGAGGUCAGUGGUGACCACCAUCACUGGGGAUUCCAUUCCAGCAGGGAAGCGGGAAGUGUGGCACGGGCGGGCCCUCAAGAUCCCGCCCGUGGGGCCUUCCAUCCUCCAGUGCCGCAUCCUCCAGGUGGAAUAUUCCCUGAAGGUUUGUGUGGAUAUUCCUGGGACAUCCAAGUUGCUCCUUGAACUGCCGCUUGUCAUUGGGACCAUCCCGCUGCAUCCGUUCGGGAGCCGCACAUCCAGUGUCAGCAGCCAGUACAGUGUCAACCUGGACUGGCUGAACAGUAUCCCGGAGCAGCCGGAGGCCCCCCCUGAGUACUCAGCAGUCGUGUCCAGCCCUGAGGCCGAGCAGAGCCUGGCCCCACCAUGCCGCAGCGAGCUUGGCGACAUCCUGGAAGGUCCCUUCUUCGCCUACAUCCAGGAAUUCCGCUUCCGACCUCCUCCUCUGUAUUCAGAGGUUGAUCCCAACCCCCCAUCAGACAGCAUCCGCCCACGCUGCAUGACCUGCUGAGAGAAGUGCGUCGGACGCUGCUGACAGUGUGGUGAUCCCUUGGGAUUGGAGCUUGCACACCCUCACAGCACUUCAGGCUGGAAUGGGGAUGUGGUGUCCGUGAAACCAGAGCUUUGUAGUGCCAAGACCCUGGCUCUGCUCACCACCCUUGGCUGCUCCUGUCGUGACUGUCCCACAGACCCACACCCAGUGCGGUGCCGUGGCCUCGGGAGUGUGGGGGGGAGAACACAAGGGACCUGGCAUAGUGGAGUGGCUCUGUGUGUGGCUGGGUAGAAUGUGGAGGGUUUAGUAACUGCCCCAGGAUUUUGGGGUUAGAACAGGGAACACCUGGCAUAAGCCAGGAUUGCUCUCCCCUUGCUUGCAGUGCUGAGCUCCGGCAGCUCCUGUGUGGAAAGCAGGAACUUGGAGGCGUUUCUCAGGAUUGUGGAGAAUGUUUUGAUGUUGCUCAGGGUUGAGCCCCGGGGCGAUGCGGAUGGAGCCCUUUGCCUGCAGGUCCCUGAGGAAGCGAAAGGCCUUUUUCUGGUCAGAUGAAGCAGAGGCUUUGGCUGCUGCUGAUAAUGCUUGCCACAAGCCUGUGGGUACCUGCAAGGGGAAUGGUUUUGAGCUACUCACCUGAAAUGUAAAGGCUUCCAAGGGCUGUUACGAGGACUUGGGGGAUGAAUUUAUGAUCCAUGGCAGCAUUUUGGUGCCAUUUACCAAGAACAGGAAGGCUGGUUCCUGUGUGUCAGCACCAAACCUGUGCACUGUGCUGGUGCCUCUUCCGUGAUGCGGCUGAAAAACCAGUCCCCAAACUGUGGUACCACCAUGGGGGCUUGGAGCUGUGGCUGGUGGCCUAGGAAAAGAGAAAAAAGCAUAAUCCAAGGCUGGUGGCAGCCACAGAUGCUGAUGGGAGAUACGGAGUUCAAAUGAAUCUUUCAGAGCCAGGAGUCCUGCUCAGAAUGGGCUUGAGCCUGUGCCUGUAGAGGGGUCGGUGGCCCUGGUGGGGUGAGGACACAGCAGCAACCUGUGCUCACUGGGUUGGGAACUGCUGUAGAACUGGUGAGCUGGAUGUUGCAGCAAUGAGUGUGUGUGUGUGGCAGGGGCUGACCCUGCUCGCUCCAGGGUGACCUGAGCAGAGUUUGGGGGCCAAGGAUCUUUGCAUUCCCUCACUGAGACAAUCCUUGGCCAUGCACAUCCAAAGCCAGCGUGCCUUGGGCUCUGCGCCGGGGCUACCUCUGCUCGCUGGGGUUGCUCAGAUGAGUCUUUUCUAUCUGUGAACACUUUUGUAAUGACCACUCUUGUCUCUACUCAUUUUGUAUGACUUUUUUUGUGGGGAAUUUUUGUCUGAAAUAAAUUCCUUAAGUAUUGCCUGG